CGUUAACAGCGUGGUGGUGUUUACUGCAGAAAAUCUUCGUUUAAACGCUUAUUUGGUGCUAAAAGUAGAGACAUUUUUACCACUCCCUACCAGCAUACACAUACGGAACUUGUAAGACUGAAAUUUAAUUUACUGCACUUGAAUAACUAUGUCCCUUGGCAGUCUUAAAGGUACUUAAUGUGGCCAAAACUGAUGGUAAUGUAGAUAAACAUGUCUUUUUGCACCUAUUAACUAUACUCAAGCCAAAAUAAAUAACUUGUCAUAUUGAUAAGCCUUUUAUUUUUUAUGAUUUUGUCCAACAGAAUUCAGUGUAAACUCUGCUGUCAGCCUGAAAUGAUCAUGAAGCAGGACCGUGAUGCUGUUGAUAUCCCAGCAUACUUCAUUUCAACUCAUGAAGGUUUUGUUGGAAGCGUGAAAAACUUUGCCAAAGACUUUGUUGUGACCGAGAUUGACAUUAGAGGACAUCAAGUGAACACACCAGGAUCCGCUGAGGCUGACACAUCAGACUGUGCCUUCACAGACAACACCAAUAAAACCAGUAAGCAGGAUGAUGGUGUCCCCAUCCUGCAGGACACAAAUGUCUCAGCUGGUUGUAGAAUGGAUGUCCCCAUAUCUGGUCCAGGGAGUCUGGAUUUAUGUGUGAUCUUAGGUCAGGCCAUCAGUGAGGAGCUAGAGCAGUUUGUGUUGACCCUGAAAGCUGAAAGUCUGUCCAGGCAGGAGUUUUCCCUGGGAUGUUUUGCUGACAAACACCAGAGAGGGAAUGUUCACCGGGCUGUCAGACUCCGCUUCCCCUUCCUCAUGACUAUCACCAACCAGACUGAGAUCAAGGUGAGGGAAGAUCCAGACUACAGAGAGCUCUCCCAGCUGGUCACAGAGGAUGAAGCAGAGGACUUUUUCAGGUUCAUAGAUGCCAAAGUGCAAGGGUUGUCAUACACAUUUCUACCUGAUGAGAAUAAGGAACACAGGACUGCUGUCCAUCACUUCCUGAGCAGAAGGUUUGGCAAACUGGUGGAGACCAAGAGCUUCAGUGACCAGGGGAGGACGUCCAUCUCCGUUAGGCUGAGAGAGAGAGGCAGACCAAAGAAGAGGACUGCAGAGGACCGCAAAGAGGAAGACAUUUACACAGCUUUUACUUUGUGUAAGGAGAACCUGGAGACUCUGGAAGCUAUCAGCUACAUGUCAGCAGCUCUGGGAGUCCUACCCUCUGACUUUACCUACGCUGGUAUCAAGGAUAAGAGAGCCAUCACCUACCAAUCCAUGGUGGUCAAGAAGGUCUCUGCUCAAAGGUUGAAGGAGAAGGCAGCGGAGUUUGAAAAGAGAGGGAUACGUCUUUCUGAGAUUCGAUCUGUUCGUGAGCCUUUGAAGCUCGGACGGCUGCAGGGGAAUCACUUUGACUUGGUGGUUCGUGACCUGAAACCACAUGAGGCCAGUGAGGUGCAUUCCUUUGGUGCAGAUGCUCACCUGGCAGCACUUGUAAAGGAGGGAGUAGAAAAUGUGAAGGUCAGAGGUUUUGUGAACUACUAUGGACCACAGAGAUUUGGCAGCAGUCAGAGUGUUCAGUCUGACCAAAUAGGGCUGGCUCUACUCAAAGAAGACAUGGUGAGUGCUGUGCGUCUCUUCUUCACUCCAGAGGAGGGCAAUGAUCCUCAGAACCAAGCCAAGAGACAUUUCCUUCAAACAGAUAAUGCCAAGGAGGCUUUGUUGUCAAUGCCUUUGUCCAAGGCCAGAGAGAGGCUGAUGCUUCGAGCCCUGAACCGCUAUGGUACUGGUCCAGAAGGCUGUACCCAAGCUUGGCUAAGUCUGCCCCACAGCAUGAGAGUCUUCUAUCCACAUGCAUAUUGCAGCAGAGUGUGGAAUGAGGCGGUGGCACACAGGUUGACUAUUCUGGGUCACAGUGCCAAACAAGGGGAUCUGGUGCAGGAAGCGAAAAACAGGGCAGAGAACACUGGGGAAUCUAGUUCUCCGCAGAUCCAUGUGGUGACAGAGCAAGAGGAGCAAGCAGGAGUGUACACACUUGGACAAGUGCUGCUUCCCAUGCCAGGAAACACUGUGAAGUAUCCAGAAAAUGCCAUGGGGACUUGGUACCAGGAGAGACUGGCCAGAGAUGGGCUGGAGAACUGCCGUUUCAGAGUUAGUGGCCUAAAAAUGAAUCUACCAGGCUGCUACCGCCCUCUGCUGGCUUUUCCUCGCAAUCUCAGAUACUGUCUGCAGAGGCUUGCCAGAGAGGUGACAGUAGACGACAGUGGAGAGAGGACUGAACAAACAAACGGUGCAGCAGCAGGAGAGCAGGUGUCAGACACAGACUCACUCGCUCUCAUUGUAAACUUUGACCUGGACUCUUCCUGCUAUGCCACCGUGUGCCUCAGAGAAAUCAUGAAGUUUGACCCUUGAAGGUCACAUUGCCGUAAUCGUACACCAAAGAUGUGCCAAGAAGACGGAAAAAAACAUUUUCAAGGUUUGAUGUGUGGAGGCAUUGGUUGUAGGGAUGGAUGAUGUGGUCAGGGAAAAAAAAUCAUAUUGGUCAAAUGAGUAAAAGUUAAAGAAACCAGAUGGUUAUUGGUGGUUUUCAACAUUAUUAUGGUCAGAUUUUCCAAAAUACAGUGGAGGAACAUUUGAAGCAACAUUAUGAAUAAAAUGACCUAAAAUAUCAAAACACUGAAACUUCUUGUACUUUAUUUGACAAUGAAAAACAAAACAAACCUGAAAGACAAAAUAAUUAUAGUACUUAUAUGAUGAUUAUCUGAAAUGAUCUCCAAGUAGAACUGUUAUGGUCUAGUCAGCGUGUUUUAUCAUCUAAGUAUACACUAGGUGUACAAGGAGAAUAGGUUUUCUUUUCCUACUCUGAAAAAAGCUUUAUUUUGUUUACUGCAAACAGUGAUUUUAUAUAUAACAAAGAAAGCGGCUUUUGGAACCAUUAUCAAAUUUGAGAUGUAUUGAACAGAAGAGUGGUUUUGCAUGAAGCAGCAUGAAAUAACACUGUGAGAAGGUGGGACUUUUUUGAAGGCCUGCAAACAGUUAUUUUGUCUUCGAGCCACUAAAACACGUGAUAAACUGAGUAACAUAAAGUGCUGCACAAUUUUAAUCCCCCUCAGCCAAAUAUAGUGUAGGAUUCUGUUGAAAGUUAAUGCCCUGUAAUUUAGAUUACAUUGUCUUUGUGUAUAACUUAUUACAUACAUAUUUAUAUUUGAAAGUACUCAGAUAUCAUAAAUGCACAUGGCCAUUUUACCUUGAAAAAACAGGUCAAGCUC